UGAUGACUAGUGUUUUAUUCAUUCUUCAAAGCAAUUUACAGCGAUGUACACAUUUACACAGUAGCGUCAUCUUUACUGCAUCACCAGUUAAGUAUCUUGAUCAUCGAACCUGGGUCCUUCCAGAGUGAAGUGACAGCGUUAACCACUACGGUACUAGAGGUUAGGUGAACCAAACUUUACAUUGAUUUACUCUUCUUCUUCACAACAAGGUCAUUUUUACUAUCUAUCUCACGUCAAGGUAAGUACCUUGAUUAAAGGGACUGCAGGAGGAGAUACAAUUCAACAGGGGGACCUUUGGAGAAAAAGGCGUCGCCCUUAAAGACUACGCCACCUGCCGUUGUACCUUUGAAGAACGACGACUGUCGGCACCGAUGAGCAGAGCUGGUGCGAAUCGGACGUUACUCUGAGCAAGAAAGACGUGACGAUACGAGGAAAGCGCGAGGUUAAAGAAUCCCUACGAUACCCGUACAGUCGGCGUCGACGGGAUGCUUUGCGUUUAUCCAGAACUGCCAAAGUGUUCCGGCUGGAUGCGUGUCCGUGGGUUGGGGGAGUUAAGGCUCCGCAGCCCAGGCCGCAGCCCACGCGCACCGGCUGUGACGCGGUAAAGUGCGAGAAUGCGGUAUCCCCCCACUUCCCGUCAGCGAGGCGGACGAGACACGCGCUUCCUGUAAACGGCUGUCAGCCGGCGCUCUUUUGUGCCGACUCCCCGCGGGAGGCCGGCAGAGAUGAGGAAGACCCCGGCGUGGCGGCUUCUCCUGCUGCUCACAGGGCUCCAGGCCUCACGCAUCCCCAUCCGGCAGCCGGCACGCGUGCAGGUCCUGCGGGGCUCAGCCACGUCGCUCUCCUGUCUCUUCAACCACAGCCUGGCCAACGACAGGAAGAUCUUCUACCGGUGGGUUCGGGUGGAUGCUGGGCAGGGGGCGGAGCCUAAGCGGCUGGACAUAAAGAGCAACCUCACCCAGACCUUCAUCCCAGACACCAACGUCAGCCAGUUCAACAUCCUGGGGCACUUCGGCAGCGUGGAGCUCACACACUCCGGUACCUACAGGUGCGAGGUGACCAUCCCUGCCCCGGGUCGGUCGUCCUCCGGCCUCGGUCCCGGGACCCAGCUGGACGUCCACGCGCCCCCUUCAGUCAGCAUUGCGCCGAGCACACAGGAAGUGGUGCUCAAGGGGCGGACGCUCACGUUGACCUGCGAAGUCAGCGGCUACCACCCGAAAGGCGUCAGCAUCGCGUGGCUGUACCCCACCAACAGGACGGUGACCAGCGGGGCCAAGUGGAGCUCGGAGCGGGCCGCGCCCGGUCCCGGCUUCAGGAUGACCGGCUACCUGGACCUCCACCCCAGAGCUGCUGACCACCGGGUUCGGUACAGCUGCCAGGUGAACCACAGCACUCUGCGGUCACCCAUCACGAAGGACUUCAACUUCCUUCUGAAAUAUGGCCCCACAAACCAGGAGGUGUUCCAGCGCUCCUCGCCACUCGGCCACUUCUCCCCGCUCUCCGGGUGGUACGCCAGCGCCCCCGUCGGGAGCUUCCUGGAGCUGCGCUGCGUGGUGGAGAGCUCCCCUCCGUCCCGCGUGCAGUGGUUUGACCCGCACAGAGCCGUGCGGGCAGAGGGUCUCCACAGCAACGCGACCCUGACGCUUGACCCGCUGGGAGCCCUCGACUCGGGCCUCUACGCUUGCGUGGCCUCCAACGUGCACUGGUCCCAGGAGCAGGAGAUCCAGGUGGAGGCGCUCUCGCCCGCGUCCCUGUCGGCGAGGUGGGUCACGUACCCUCUCUUUACGCUCACUGUCGCCGGCAUGCACAUCUGGAGCAGCCGUCACCGGGGAGCCCGCAGCCACCGACCAGAGGGGGACGACGCGCGCUGACCGGCAGUUCCACGCGCGGCAGACGCGCCCUCCUGGGAUGUGACCCAAACGCUCAUGGAGCGACUGACACACGUGCGCAGUGUGGGACUGGGCAGGAACGGGGGACUCGAGAGACAGGAGGACACGGCUGGAGCCGCUCCCGGGAAGAGACGCCGUGUACAGUUUGACAAGCUCUUUUACUGAAUAGUUGAGGUACGGUACAUGUAAACCGCAGUGCAGGCGGUUCGCAGCCCACCUUUACUCCAGUGGUACCGCGAACAAGGUGAAAGCGCCUAAGAGCUCAGCGGGAGGCUCUCGGCGCCGAAAUGGCCCCCAGGCUCCACCUCCCCGUCGGACCUGUGCUCCACACCACUGCUGGUAAGAGCGAGUUGCCACGUGCCGAGAUGCUCCGCAGCUCCAGACGAGCGCGGGCGCGAGGGAUGAGGGACGAGGGACGCAGGGCGUCUCGUUUGCUCUGGUCUGUCACCCACAAGCUCCAGGUGGAAAGAGCUAGAGCUGGAGCCUGUGAGCCCCUGAGGUUCGACAGCAAGACCACUUGGUCUCCAGCCUCAUUCCGCGUCUCUUUGAGCGAUUUGGACCCAAAGUGCCCUCAUGGGACAAAAACAAGUUGCUCAAAGUGUCGCUGGCAUGGCCUGCUGAGUGAUUUUGCGUUUGCGAUUUCCUCCCCUCCAUCAAAGCAAUUACUCGUUAAACUGACUCGCUGAUGGCUGAGACAAACGUCCGCGAGACACCGACCCCGAGGAGGGCGCUCAGCACUCGGCCCUCGGCGAGGCUCCGUGGCCCCGAGACGCAGAUCGCCCUCGUCAUUCGCUCGUCUGCUAUGUGGACGUGUCUGCCUUUGUCUACAGCACGCGUGUCCAGCGGUAGCGUAGUAUCGCGUUCACCUCCCCGACAAACACGACUUAGCUCAAAUGAGCGCAGCCUGCCGGUUCCAGAAAGCUCCGUGUCACGUGCACGCGCUGAGUUUGGUUGAUUUAUGCGCACACGAACCGCACAAACGCUGCACGCCUCAGGGUCGUGUCUCCGUCCGCCUUGAAGGACCUCCUUCCUGCAGGCCCUGGGUGCUCUGGUUGCUUCCCCCCCGUGUGUAUUCCUGGUAAAUAGGAGCUCCCCUGCAGGACAUUUCCCCGGUGACGUUAAACGAGCGGCCGAGUACUUCGUUGUUCUCCGGGGGCCUCUCUGUCCUGGACUGUGCUGUACCACGUUGACUACUGUACUUUUAAUGGUUCGCAAAACAUUUGUGUAAUAAAGGCUGAAGCAGUGGACCACAGGUGUUUGUUGUCAUUUGUAAUUAAAUAAGUACUUAAUCACUAAAAGUUAAAUAUCUUGCUCACUCCUCACUACUGGAAAACACUGAUUGUGACAUUCGGUGCACUAUAAUAACAAGCAGUCGUAUUACAAAACUGCCGUGACGAAUCGAGACGUUCCGUGCCGAGCUGGGGAUCCAAGAUGCAA